AAGAUGAAGAAGAGGAGGAGAAGAUUGGGACAUCUGUUUCUCAUGCAGGACGACUAGAAUUAAGUCUGAGGCCGGUAACAUCAACAGUGACGACAAACCCAGCCUGCCUCUCUCCUUCCACACUGAGUCCAAACCCACAGUCACUGGGUCCUGAUUGUGACCGUGGAGCCCAGUUUGCACUGCAGGAUCCAGAGAUGGCAUCAGUGAAGCUGGAAGACUGCAGUCAAGCACUGGAACUGAAUGUCAUCAUUAAAGAUGAAGAAGAGGAGGAGGAGAAGAUUGGGGAAUCUGUUUCUCAUGGAGACCAUGUUGAGACAUUCUCUACAUCCAGAGAGCAACAGCAGGAAGAUCACAGACCUAAGAGGUCUCACCACUGCCCACAUUGUAAAGAGAUUUUCCCAAUUCUUUCAAAGCUAAAAAUACACCUACAAAUUCACACAGUUGAGAAUCUGUAUUCCUGUACUGACUGUGGGAAGAAUUUCACAACAUCAAAGGCUCUGACAGGUCAUCAGAGAGUGCACACAGGAGAGAAGCCUUACUCCUGCUCUGACUGUGGGGCGAGUUUCUCUCAACUGGGCACCUUAAAACAACAUGAACGUUUUCACAAAGGCUCUGACUGUGGAAAGAGUUUUUCUCAACUGGGCUACUUAAAAACACAUGAAUGUGUCCAUACAGGAGUGAAGCUUUACUCCUGCUCUGACUGUGGAAAGAGUUUCUCUCAACUGGGCCACUUAAAAACACAUGAACGUAUACAUACAGGAGAGAAGCCUUACUCCUGCUCUGACUGUGUAAAACGCUUCACAACAGCAUCUCAGCUAAAAGUUCAUCAUAGAACACACACAGGAGAGAAGCCUUAUUCUUGCUCUGACUGUGGGGCGACUUUCUCUCAACUGGGCACCUUAAAAACACAUGAACGUAUACAUACAGGAGAGAAGCCUUACUCCUGCUCUGACUGUGGAAAAUGCUUCACAACAGCAUCUCAGCUAAAAGGUCAUCAGAGAACACACACAGGAGAGAGGCCUUACUCCUGCUCUGACUGUGGAAAGGGUUUUUCUCGACUGGACUACCUGAAAACUCAUGAACAUAUACAUACAUGAACAUAUACAUAGGUAGCCUAGUGGUUAGCGCAUUGGGCCAUUAACUGAAAGGUUGCUGGAUUGAAUCUCCCAGCUGUCAAGGUAAAAAUCUGUCAGUCUGCCCCAGUACAAGGCAGUUAACCCACUGUUCACCGGGCGCCGAAGACGUGGAUGUCAAUUAUGGCAUCCCCCGCACAUCUAAUUCAGAGGGGUUGUGUUAAAUUAGGGAGACACAUUUCAGUUGAAUGCGUUCAGUUGUACAACUGAUUAGGUAUCCCCCUUCCCUAGUUAAAUACUUGAGUGAAGCCUUACUCCUGCUCUGACUGGAGCAUUUUUAUCAAAUGGGCCAUUUAAAAAGACACCAAUGUAUGCAUAAAGGAGAGAAGCUUCAUCAGUAUACUCUGUGAGACGUCUCACAAUGGAGCCUGAUGCUUGACUGGGUGGUACUGCUUCCCUCUGCAGUUUUCUGUGGGAAUGAGCUGGUAGACACAACAUUAAGGACACCUGUUAUUUCCAUGAUGUAGACUGACCAGGUGAACUCGGGUGAAAGCUCUGUUCCUCAAUGACAUAGUUUUUGUGUAUUUAUUAUGGAUCCUCAUUAGCUUCCAGCAAAAAAACAAGAAAGUGCGGUUGCAGUGAGCUAAGGAAUGAAAACACUGGAGAAUUUGAAAAAUAUUGCCUGGUCUGAUGAACCCUGGUUCCUGCUGUGUCAUGCUGAUGGGAGGACUAGGGUAUGGAGGAAACCACGAGUACAUUAAUCCCUGCUGUGUGUCAACAUUGCAGGCUGGUGGUGAUGGUGUAGAGUGUGUUCUCAUGCCACACACUGGGCCCCUUGAUAAAAGUGGAGCAAUGUUUGAAUACCACAGGAUAUCUAAACAUCAUUGCCAAUCAGGUGCAUCCCUUAGAUUUUUUUCAGCAGGAUUAUGCCCCAUGGCACAACGCUUGUCCAGGAAUGGUUCCAAGAACAUGACAGGGAAUUCAGUUUACUGCAGUGGCCUGACGAGUCACCAGAUCUCAAUCCAAUUGUUCAUCUGUGGGAGGAGAUGGAAGGAGCUAUUCGGAGUAGAGAUCCACUCCCAGCCAACUUGAAAUAAUUGUGGGAAGCAUUGGAGUCAACAUGGGCCAGAAUCCCUGUGGAACACCUUCAACACCUUGGGAGUCCAUGCCCUGAUGAACUGAGGCUGUUCUGAGGACAAAAGAAGCUGCAACUUGACAUUGGGAAGGUGUUCCUAAUGUUUUGUACACUCAGUGUAUAUCAGAUAAAGAUGUUGUGAUCCGUUUUCAGCAUUAGUUUGGGUGGAUUAUUUUAUAUUACUAAAUACCUUUUGUUUAAUGAUAAACAGGCUAUGAAUCGACUACUUGUGUUUAUUAAAUUGUAUUUUAAUACUAGAAUCAUUAUUUUAGUCAUUGAUGAUGAAUGUAUUUGAGUAACUAUAUUGAAGUGAAUUGAUAGCGUUGGGGUCGGCCUCCCGGGUGGGGCAGUGGUUAAGGGCGCUGUACUACAGCGCCAGCUGUGCCAUCACGAGUCCCUGGGUUCGCGCCCAAUUCUAGCGUCGUCCGGGUUAGGGAUGGCUUGGUCGGUAGGGAUGUCCUUGUCUCAUCGCGACUCCUGUGGCGGGCCGGGCGCAGUGAGCGCUAACCAAGGUUGGUACAGAUGGUUGGUUGGGUUGUGUAUCGGAGGACGCAUGACUUUCAACCUUCGUCUCUCCCGAGCCCGUACGGGAGUUGUAGCGAUGAGACAAGAUAGUAGCUACUACAACAAUUGGAUACCACGAAAUUGGGGAGAGAAAAAAAGCGGUAAAAUUCAAAAAAACUAAAAAAAGAUUAACUGAAAGGUUGCUGGUUUGAAUCCCGAGCCGCCUGGGUGAUAAAUCUGGCAUUGUGCCCUUGCAAUUAACCAUAUUUUGUCCCUUCGGUCGCUCUGGAUAAGAGCAUCUGCUAAAUUACAAAAAUCGAUGGAAAAAUUGUUCGUACAUGAAUUUAUGCUGUGCAACCUCUUUUCUGUGUAUAAUUAAAUGAAAUAAACUGUUUGAAGUGAAAUACUGUGUAUACAUAACAUUACCGUUUACCAGAGGGACAGGGCCAUACUGCUGCCCUACCAAACAAAAAGGCACUGUUAGGGUUCGUUCCUGUUCCCUGUCAAUCAUUGGUGAAAUUAGAAUUAUGACAAUAUCUUUAAUUAAAUCAUUCAAAACCUUUAAUAAUGCAAUUGUAGACAGAAGUUGACAAUCAGGAACAUGGCACGCAUGUUUCCCAGUAAGUUCUGCAUCAAAGAAAAUGUCCCGUGUUAUUUUAUCGAACCCGAAGUGAUGUCACUGCCUACGUCGUUAUCUUUUACUCAUGAUACCAAAACCAUGCCUACACAGCUAUAUAAACAAGGCUCUUAGUGUGUUAUCUAAAACCUUAGCAGUAAAAUGUCCAAGUUGAUUUAUAGUGGAAUGUCUGACUUGUCUUAUCUCCUACACUCCCCUGCAGAGUUCUGUCUCAGUCACACAUUUCUCAGGGGGGUCUCUUUAUAAGGGGGAGAGAACUAGAAAACCACUGUGGAAUAAUAUUCAAACCUCAUAAUGUGUAUAUAUAUUGUAAAUCUGUAGUCUAGGACUCUAUAAAUGUAAAGAGGGUGGGGUCUUAUUACCCCUCCCCUUCUAUUAAUACAACAUAAGCAUAAUCAAUUAUUCUAAUACAUCAAUCAUUUGCUACAGCCCCAAUCAUGACCCCUAGGUGAACUCCUGACAGCAGUAACUGCUAAUUUGGUAGAAAAUGAGUUUUGUGAUUUUUGCUACAUUAAAUACAUGCUUAAUCAUGUGAA